UAAUUUAUGACAGAUGUUGUACGCGGACUAUUUUAUUAAACCGUAUCGCCAGAAAUAAAUGGUCGCGUGUGAAGAAGAUAAUUUAUUUCGCCGUAUAAGGUGCAAGAGAAAGAUCUAAGAUGGCUACUACGAUCUUAGGUGGACGGGCUAAAAAAUCUGUGUCGCGCACCUUUGGUCCGCGCGGAUCGAACUGCGGCGACCGAAGAGGAGGCGGCGGCGGCGAGCGAUGACAACGAAAGAAGAAACCCCCUUGAGGAGGCCGCGUAACGACGACGGGACGACCACGAAUACCGACCACCUUCCUGUGCCUUCCUUUUCCGCGGGUAUCCCCUCGAUGGCCUCUAUAAAAGUUCGGAAGAGCCUCGACCGCACGCCACACGCGUGAAAGCCCGCAAAGUGAAACGCCGCCCGCUCGACAUUCCUCUUUUUCUACGUGCCUCACAUUUCGGGAGUAUCUUACCUUGAGCCCCCGGCACGCACAUACGUGGAAGAAAAAUGCGGAAGACCACCGCGAGCACGAUUUUCGCGAUCGCCUGCUCGUCGAUCGCCCUGGUACUCGCGAAACCGGCGCCGGAGCCUCCGGUGAGCUCGUACUUUCCACCCUCCGGUGGGGGUGGUGGUGGUGGUGGCGGUGGCGGCGGCGGCGGCAGCUACGGGCCACCCCCAGACCGUUAUGGACCACCGCAGCAGAAUCCGGUGAUUCACAAACACGUUUACGUCCACGUGCCGCCGCCGGAAGCGCCGGAGUACAAGCCGCCCAAGCAUAUACCGCAACCGCAGCCUCCGCAGAAACAUUAUAAGAUAGUGUUCAUCAAGGCGCCGACUCCGCCUACGCCGACUGCACCACAGUUACCGCCGCUACCACAGCCGGACGAGGAGAAGACGUUGAUCUACGUCCUGGUGAAGAAACCGGAGGAGGCGCCCGAUGUCGUGCUCCCGACGCAGGCGCCGACGCAGCCCAGCAAACCGGAAGUCUACUUCAUUCGCUACAAAACUCAGAAGGAGCAAGGCGGCGGCGAAUACGGUCCACCGGGGCAACAACCGGGGCAACCCAUCGACAGUUACGGGGCACCACAUCCGGGCCCCAGCGGACCGUAUUAGAUCCAUCAUAUGAGCGCACAUCACCUCAUCACCCUUGAAAUUCUCGGCGUUUUUACAGAGACAGAUAUUUAACGGUGACUACUCUCGAUCGUUAUGCAAUACGUGACGCAAACGCGAGUCUGGAUGGAUCUUAAUAAUUGUAGGAGGAAUGUAUAUAUCGCCUGUAUCUCAUAAGAUAGGCCGCAUGGUGUUUGAAGGUGCUUAAGAGGCAGACGUUUCGUGUUGCUAAAGCCUACUCGUGAUGUCGCUCGCACAUACGCACAAACCACGCACAUGCGCGCCACACACACAUACACACACACACACACACACACACACACAACAAAAGUACACAGAGCAUACACGUACGCAUACACUAUACAUGUGCAUGAUUCUUGAACGAUUGACCGAGUACAACACUUAUC